CUCCGCACAUAAUCCGACAAGAUGGGUAAGGGACAGCCCCGUGGUUUGAACGCCGCCCGCAAGCUCGCGACCACCCGUCGUGAGAACCGUUGGGCCGACUUGCACUACAAGAAGCGCCUUCUCGGUACCGCCUACAAGUCCUCCCCCUUCGGUGGUGCUUCCCACGCCAAGGGUAUCGUCCUCGAGAAGGUCGGUGUUGAGGCCAAGCAGCCCAACUCCGCUAUCCGCAAGUGUGUCAAGGUCCAGCUCAUCAAGAACGGCAAGAAGGUCACUGCUUUCGUCCCCAAUGACGGUUGCUUGAACUUCAUCGAUGAGAACGACGAGGUCCUCCUCGCCGGUUUCGGUCGUAAGGGUAAGGCCAAGGGUGAUAUUCCCGGUGUCCGCUUCAAGGUCGUCAAGGUCUCCGGUGUUGGUCUCAUGGCCCUCUGGAAGGAGAAGAAGGAGAAGCCCCGCUCUUAAGCAACCCACUACCACCAACACAAAGCAAGAUGCUGGCUGCUACUCCGGGGGAAUCAUGAUAUUUUUUCCCGGAGGGAGGAUCUCUCUCUUGGGGGGGCCCAUUCCAUAGCAAGAAUAAAAACUUAUCGGCUUGGGAGGCGACACUUUUUUU